AUGAGUCCCUCAGCAGGAAGACCUCAAAAUUCACCGGCCGGCCCAGAACGGAGGGAACACCUCGAACGAAACCGCGUCGCUGCAAACAAAUAUCGACAAAAGAAGAAGAAAGAGCACGAGCAAAUCGAUCACAAACUACAUGAUGAAGCAGAAAAGAGGGAAUUGCUCUUGUCGGAGGUCCAAAUCCUUCAAAAGGAGGUCUGGGAGCUCAGAAAUCUGAUCUUCCAGCAUGUUAGGUGCGACCACAACCUCGGCUCAUUACCUCCAAGAAUAGGCCACACUAGUUCAAACGACCUGAGCAACUCCAGUCAACCAAAUCAACCAAAUCGCGGAACACGGUCGUCUCCGACGCAAUGA